GGCGCGCACCAGCGGACCGCUCCCCGAGCUCGCGAGGCCGGCGUGCACUGCCCCAGUCCCAGAGCGCGCGCCCGACAGCCUCUGCCCAGCUGGCGCGCGGCAUCGCCAGGCCAGCAAUGGCCCCCGACCCGGUGGCCGCUGGGACUUCAGCUCAGGGAUCCAUCCCGCGCUACUUCACCUGGGAGGAGGUGGCGCAGCGCUCCGGGCGCGAGAAGGAGCGAUGGCUGGUGAUCGACCGGAAGGUGUACAAUAUCAGCGAGUUCGUCCGCCGGCACCCGGGGGGCUCCCGGGUCAUUAGCCACUACGCUGGGCAGGAUGCCACGGAUCCCUUUGUGGCAUUCCACAUCAACAAGGGCCUUGUGAGCAAGUAUAUGAACUCUCUCCUGAUUGGAGAACUGGCUCCGGAGCAGCCCAGCUUUGAGCCCACCAAGAAUAAAGAGCUGACAAAUGAGUUCCGAGAGCUGCGGGCUACCGUGGAGCGGAUGGGACUCAUGAAGUCCAACCACCUUUUCUUCCUGCUAUACCUGCUGCACAUCCUCUUGCUGGAUGUUGCUGCCUGGCUCAUCCUUUGGGUCUUUGGGACGUCUUUUGUGACCUUCCUCCUCUCUGCAGUGCUACUCAGUAUAGUUCAGGCUCAGGCUGGCUGGCUACAGCAUGACUUUGGUCAUCUGUCAGUCUUUGGCACCUCUACAUGGAAUCACCUGCUACAUCAUUUUGUGAUUGGCCACUUGAAGGGGGCCCCUUCCAGCUGGUGGAACCACAUGCACUUCCAGCACCAUGCCAAGCCCAAUUGCUUCCGCAAAGACCCGGACAUCARCAUGCAUCCCUUCUUCUUUGCCUUGGGGAAGGUCCUUUCUGUGGAGCUUGGGAAACAAAAGAAAAAGUACAUGCCAUACAACCACCAGCACAAAUACUUCUUCCUGAUCGGGCCCCCGGCCUUGCUGCCACUCUACUUCCAGUGGUAUAUUUUCUAUUUUGUUAUCCAGCGGAAGAAGUGGGUGGACCUGGCCUGGAUGGUCACCUUCUACACCCGCAUCUUCCUCUCGUACGUGCCGCUGCUGGGGCUGAAAGGAUUCCUGGGCCUUUUCUUCAUCGUCAGGUUCCUGGAGAGCAACUGGUUUGUGUGGGUCACACAGAUGAACCACAUCCCCAUGCACAUUGAUCACGACCGGAACAUGGACUGGGUGUCCACCCAGCUCCAGGCAACAUGCAAUGUCCACAAGUCUGCCUUCAACGACUGGUUCAGCGGGCACCUCAACUUCCAGAUCGAGCACCACCUUUUCCCCACGAUGCCCCGACACAACUACCACAAAGUGGCACCCCUGGUGCAGUCGCUGUGUGCCAAGCACGGUAUAGAGUACCAGUCCAAGCCCCUGCUCUCAGCCUUUGCCGACAUUGUCUACUCACUGAAGGAGUCUGGGCAGCUCUGGCUGGAUGCCUACCUUCACCAGUAAGGACAGCGCCUCCCUGCUCCAUCUGCAAGAGGAGAGGGUGACUCUGGAGCCAAAGCAGAGGGGAGCUCAAGGGAAGAUGCCACUACAUUCCAACGUUCAGAGCGGGGAGGGUUAGGGGACAUAAAAGUCAGGCUCCAACUUUCCCCUUUACCUUCCAGAUACACAUCUAAUCCCCUAAGAAGGGUGUGGGGACAAGCAAGUCCCCAGAAGGGGAGGAGCUGUUAGAGCCAGAAUGUGAAUCAGUUCUUGUUUCAUUUUUCUACUUUGGCAGAUGAACAUUGGAGAACACAGGGUGAGCCCACAUCAGGCAGCAGCACACUCCCUGGUCCACUUGUCAGUGAUGUCGCUUGCUAACCUCUGGGAGGGAGCAGCUGACCACUUUGAGAAAGAUCUAGAAGGGAAGCAUUCAUGCACAGAAUCCUGGGGCUUAGCACAAACUGCCUGCCAUGGAGUUCAGCUUCCACAUCUGCCCUUGCUGUGGGGAGAGACUGUUUUGCAGUUUCAAAAGCAGCCAAGGCCAAGAUUGUGGCUUUAGUGACAUUUGGCCCUGAAGGAUCUUGGGGCCACUGGUUUUGGUCCCAUGUUCUAUUCAAGGUCCAGAGGGAACAUUAGGUAGAGAGUU